AUGACGAUGGGUCCGAUGACUUGCAGUAACGGAAGCAGCGGCGGAAGCAUCAGCUGGCAGCCGCCAAGCCACCAACGCUCUUAUCUGACGUUCUCGGAACUCUUCCUGCGCACCGAGCGCGAGCGGCGUAAGAACGAGCUGCGGAUGCGCAUCGAGGUCAAUGCAAAGCGCUGGUCCACCUUGCAUGCUGCUCAAGCGCAAGCACAGGUAAAGGCGGCAGCAGAGGCAAAGUCAGCCGCGCCGACUGAAGGCAGGCCAGAGAUUGUGCAAGGACACGUGUUCCCACCUACUAGCAACGAGCACCCAGCAAGGCGGCACGGCGAAAACGACGCCAUCGAUGUCUGCUGCUGGCCGCGCUCCUCCUCAUCCUCGUCGAUGAUGACGACGGGAGCUCUUGAUCAAAUGCCCGCCGCCCCAAAGCCGAUGACCAUCUCGCGCGAUAAUGACAGGCUUGCAAUGCAGAGCAUCGGCGUCAUCGACGCCGCGUGCGCCGGGCGCUGGGCCUGCGAGGAGCCGGCUUCGUGGCUCGACAGCAUAACAGACGAGGGGCAAGUCGACAAGAGGGAGGAGGAGCAUCAUCGCAAGUCAAACGAUAGCGACGACCAGGAGCUCGACGCCGUGGUGAACGGCCAGCUAUACUUCCGCACGCGCAAGCGAUUCCCUUCGCGGACGCCCACCUCUGCGUCUGCUUGUACUUCUGCUUCUGCACCGACUCGCCCGCAACCGCACGUGCUUCAGAGCCAGCAAAGCUGCCAUGCGCAUCACGGGUCGCCGUAUCUCGCGCCGAGCGGUUCGCCCUUGAACGCAUCGUCGUGCUCAUUCUCACGCUACAACUCGUACAGCACGGUCGAGAGCUGCGCGUCGUCUUCGUCCAAGUCCUCGCGCCGGUCGAGCGGCAGCAAGGCGUCCAGCACGGCGACCAGCUUACCGGAUUCGGACAGCUUCGUGUGCGUCUCGCCGGUCGAGCGCGCGAAGGAAAUUCACGACAGCGCGCUUGCCUUUCAGUAA